ACCAGCAGGCGGCUCCGGGCUCGCGCUCGGUUGUUAAGGCACAAGUAGUCUGUGACUUCUCCUCGGUUCGGCUGGACGGUGACAGCUCAGGUCGGCGCUCUGGUUUGUCGGAUUGAGCUCGGAUUUUCGCCUCUUUGGAUUUCUAUGUUUGGUUUGGCAGUGACGGACGCUCAGCGGCUUACUGCUAACACCGUAGUGAACCGUGCCUGCUCUGACGCCGCAACUCCAGACAGACACACUGGCUGACAGACGCUAAAAAAAGUGGGUACAUUGGAGGACAGAGGGAGAAGCAUAACCUCUCGUAGAGCAGUGGCCAGAGUGACAGAGGAGCACAUGAGGAGCGGAAACGGCGUGACAGCAUCAUCCUGACCGGUAACCUUGCUUCUGCUCCCCCACCACACGCCCAGCAACUCCAGAAGCGGGGCGUCAGAAGGAAGGAAGCGUGCAACCACUCCUCCUGCAGGCAUGAGGUCCUUCCGUUCCUUUAGUAACGAUGACCGCCAUGUCAUGGCAAAACACUCCACCAUCUACCCCUCCUCUCAUGAGCUGGAAGCCGUUCAGACGCUGGUGUCCACUGUCGAGUGCGCCCUCAAGCACGUCUCUGAUUGGCUGGAUCAGAGCAGCAGCGACGACCACAGCCAAGUAGACAGCCAACCAGCAGACAGCACAGAGGAGGAGGAUCCUGGCGACGAACCCAGCAAUGAAACUGAGGAUUCAAGCGACAGCUACAGAGAGCCCAGCAGUGGCGGCGUGCUGUGUGGAGUGAUGAGGAUCGGCCUGGUGGCCAAAGGCCUCCUGAUCAAAGGCGACAUGGACCUGGAGCUGGUGCUGAUGUGCAGAGACAAACCCACACAGACACUGCUGGACACUGUCUGUCACAAUUUACCCACACAGAUAGAGAAGCUGACAGAAGAGAAAUAUGAGGUCACGAGCUCCUCGACCGAGGCGGCCAUCUUGGUACGAACUACAACAGAGCCUAAACUCACACUGACGAUCACCCUCACCUCGCCGGCCAUGCGGGAAGAUGAGGAGGAGGAGGAGGAGGAGGAGGAGGAAGAAGAAGAGGAGGAGGAUGAGGAGGAGUUGGAGAAUGGGGAGGAAGGACAGGAAGAAGAGGAGGAAGUCGAGGAUGAAAAGGAGGAGCAGGAAAAGAAUGGGCGAGUGUUGGGUGCUGCUGCGCAGAGAGUGGAGGCUGAGGAGGAGGAGGGGGAGGUGCUGGAUAGACACAGAUGUCUGUUGGCCCUGGCAGCGCUGCGACACGCCAAGUGGUUCCAGGCUCGAGUGAAUGGGCUCAAGUCCUGCGUUAUCGUUCUCAGGAUACUUAGAGACAUGUGCAAUAGACACCCUGUCUGGGAACCUCUCAAGGGAUGGCCUUUAGAGCUCAUCUGUGAGAAGGCAAUUGCCACCUGCAACAGACCUCUCGGGGCUGGAGAAGCCCUACGUCGAGUCAUGGAGUGUCUGGCCUCAGGCAUACUGCUACCAGGUGGUCCAGGUUUACACGACCCAUGUGAGAAAGAGCCAACAAACACACUGGCCAACAUGACCGACCAGCAGGCUGAGGCCAUUACCUACCGCGCACAGCAUGCCCUCAGACUCAUGGCAUUUGGACAGAUCUACAAGGUUUUGGAGAUGGAGCCUCUUCCCUCAAAUAAACCAUCGCAGAAAUACCCGUGGUCUGAUAAAGAAGGCUUAGGUCUGAAGAGGCCAUACGAGGAUGGAGCGAUGGAUGACAAAGACCUCAUCAAGAAGAUGAAGAGGAAUCUGAGGAAAGUCCUAGACAGUAAAGCCAUAGACUCCAACCAGCCAAUGAACGCCCUGAUGCGGUUGAACCAGAUCCGGCCGGGGCUGCAGUAUCGCCUGCUGUCCCAGUCGGGCCCGGUUCACGCUCCAGUCUUUACCAUGUCUGUGGAUCUGGAUGGAACUAUUUAUGAAGCAUCUGGAUCCUCCAAGAAGACCGCCAAGCUCCAUGUCGCCGUCAAGGUUCUCCAGGCGAUGGGCUAUCCAACAGGUUUCGACUCAGACCUGGACCCCAUGAGUUCAGACGAGAAGUCGGAUGGUGAAGGAAAGAGCGAGACGUCGUCGCACACUAGCAAUAACCCAACACACUCUUCAGACAGUUCCAACACACUGGAGGUGCGAACUCAGGGUCCCAUACUGACGGCCAGUGGGAAGAAUCCCGUCAUGGAGCUAAACGAAAAGAGACGAGGCCUCAAGUAUGAACUCAUCUCUGAAAGUGGAGGCAGCCACGACAAACGCUUUGUUAUGGAGGUGGAGGUCGAUGGGCAGAAGUUUCGAGGGGCAGGCCCCAACAAAAAAGUAGCAAAGGCCAGUGCUGCUCUCGCAGCUCUGGAAAAACUCUUUUCUGGUCCCAAUGCAGCUGCAAACAAGAAAAAGAAGAUAUUGCCUCAGACUAAAGGAGCCCUGGCCGCGGCAGCAGCAGCCUCUGCAGUAGCAGCUCAGGUAGCCAGAGGAAGAGGAAGAGCAGCCCUCGCAAGAGGAGCCUUCGUCAGCGCGGCUGCACCUGGAUAUGUCACACCAGGCUUUGGGACACCGUAUGGCUACAGCCCUGCUGCAGCAGCUGCUCCUGCAUAUGGUUUGCCCAAGAGAAUGCUUCUGUUGCCUGUCAUGAAAGUGCCCGCCUACCCCGUCCCCCACUACCACUUCUUUUAGCACAGGAGACACACACACCAAACAUAUUUUCAUACAUACCAAACGCUUUCUCCAAACCGUACAAUUUGCUUUUAUAUAGAAGGGAAACUCGAUUUUGUUUUUUUGGUUUUGUUUUUACAAUAUCAGUGAUGGGGAGAGGAUUAUGGACUUGAGCUGAAGGGUUUUUUUGUUUUGUUUUUUCUUACUGUUUUCAGAAAUUUUAAUGAAUAUGAUAAAUACUGCAGGUUUAAGUUCUUAAGAGAUAAACAAAAACUUGAAAGAUUUUUACUGUGAACUGUGACCUCAUUCUUUGAGUCUAAAUUAUAUAUAUCAGUCUUUUGUUAUUGUGUUUAUUCUUUGCCAGGAAGAGGAAAGCCUUUACAUAUGACACACACAACACACACACAUUCUCUGUAAAAAGGAAAUAAUAAUGAGCUGUGUGAAGGAUGUAUAGGAAUAAAUAAAUACUGCUGAAUAAAGUUUAUCUCCUAUAAAAGCUGAA